AUGACGCAGCUCAACGGCGCCGCCAACGGCACCUCUGCCACCGUCACCGUCACCGUCCCCGUACCCGUCCCCGUCAGCGACCUGCACAGCACCGAAUCGGAAUACGACCUGACGGUGAACGACCUGGAGAAGCUGGUCUCCUUGGUGCACACGCCGGCCGGGCUGUGUGUCGUCUCCAACGUCUCGCGCCCGGCCGGCGCCCACUUCGCCUACAUCACCCGCCACGUGCCGCGCGCCGCCCCGACGUGGAAGACGAUCCAGACGUCGACGACGACGCACACGGACCCGACGAGCGCCCUGCUCUACAUGAACCACGCCUGCCAGCCCUCCCUCGAAGUCCAUACCUUCGCCCCGGACCCGGCCACCGGCACAUACCCACUCUCCCCGCCCGCCGGCAACCGCAACGGCGAGAUCCUCGACGUCGACCCCGCCCGGGGCCUGGCGGGCGAGGUCACCGUCGCGCGCGACCGCGGCCUCGAGCCCGGCGACCCGUUGACCUUCUUCUACCCCAGCACCGAGUGGAAGUUCGACCGGCCCUUCGACUGUCUCUGUGGCGCGCCCCCGGACGUCUGUCUGGGCACCGUGCAGGGCGCUUCGGUGCUGAGCCGCAAGGAUCUCGAUCGCUGGUUCUUCAACGAGCAUAUCUGGCAGCUGGCCGACAAACGGGACGCGGUGGCUUCAUAG